ACAGGCAUGGGCCACAUUUCUGUGUUACACGGGGAUCUACACGGAGGGAAUUUGAUGCAACGCAAGUUCCUCUUCCGGUCUCUUUCCACCUAGGCACUGGACGAAAAUGACGAAGGGGACAUCAUCUUUCGGCAAGCGCCGGAACAAGACGCACGCCCUGUGCCGUCGUUGUGGGGCCAAAGCCUACCACCUGCAGAAGUCCACCUGUGGCAAGUGUGGCUACCCUGAAAAGCGCAAGAGGAAAUACAAUUGGAGCGCUAAGGCCAAGAGGAGGAACACCACUGGCACUGGCCGCCUGAGACACCUGAAGGUCGUCUACCGCAGAUUCAGAAAUGGUUUUCGGGAAGGCACCACUCCCAAACCCAGACGUGCAGCAGUGGCUGCCUCCAGCUCAUCCUAAAAGACACAUUUUUGGUUAAAUAAAUGUGAUGGUAAACAGAA